AUGUCGAAGGAUAAUGGCAAAAACCCUAUGCCUAACAACAAUGGCAAAAACCCUAUGCCUAACGAUUAUGGCAAAGGCCUUAUGUUCAACGCUUUCCCGAAUCUUAGAGGUUCUCGUCUCUCCGGUGCUAACUUAAGAGCUCCUCCGUCGUUGAUCACCCAACCAGGUGCUUUUUCCUCCACAAACUCCGGUCAACCCUUCGCCUCUUCUCCUCAGAGUUUCGCGAGGCCAAACAUCAAGAAGCCUGAUCUUGAAUAUCUAGGUUAUCUCUUGGGCCUAAUGACGUGUCCAACACGUUACUCUGAGUUCCAUAGCUACCUCGAAAGAAUCGAUACUUAUGAAACGGAUCAUAAGAAGAAAAUGUUGUUCACAAUCGGAUCAAUCUUGACCACAAACCACUUCACUUUCGUUGAUUUGGCCACACACCAAUACGGCUCACAGGCUUUAAAAACCCUCCUCAAACGUAACCCUAGCUUAAUAGACAGAUUCAUAUACGAGGCCGUUUGCAUAAACUUCAGUGUGCUCAUGAACAGUAAGUACAGCCAUAACUUGAUCGUCGACGUUAUCCGAGCCGUCGAUAAAUUCAAGAAGGAGAGUCUCUACGAGCUAACGUACAUCAACGCUCUGUUUCUUGCGGAACAAGAAACCGGAUGUAUUGCCCUAAACAAUGUGUUUCAAGAAAUCAAAGGCAAAUUCAGAGAACUAAUCUUCGGCCUCGUAGCGCUGAACGCGGAUAGGUUAGCUUUCGAUCCUUACGGAACACACGUGGUGCAGAACUUUGUGACACUUAAGAAUCCUCGUGCAACACGCGCGAUCGCGGUGACUCUUUUUGGAAGUUUCUUCCGGUUAGCAAUGGAGAGACAAGGAAGCUAUUUGGUGGAGAAGUGUCUAAAAUCAGAUCAAGGGAGAGAGAUAGUGUUGAUAGAGUUUAGAAAGAAUGAUAGAGAAUGGGUAAGAAUGGCGAGUCAUAGGUAUGGGAAUUUUGUGACACAAUGUGCGUUGUUAGUGAUGAAGGAGAGAGGAAUGAAAGCAAUGUUGAGAGAGUUUGUGGAGAAGCUAAGGCCUCACUUUGGGAGUAUGGAGAUUGGGCAUGGGAAGAACACAUUGAAAGUGAUUGAAGAAAAAAUUGAGGAUUAUCUUCUUGAGCUUCCAUAUAAUCUGCUAGGUUUUAUGCAUUGA